CUUACAAACUAACCUAAAAAUAUCACAAACAUAACCUCUAUAAAUUGUGUAUCGCUUCACAAGUUACAAGGCCAAAAACAGUCAUAAUUUCCAAAUAGUUCUUAAAAAAUGGCAGGAGUACUCUUUGAGGAUAUAUUCAACGUGAAAGACAUCGACCCGGAAGGCAAGAAAUUUGACCGCGUCAGUCGGUUGCACUGCGAAAGUGAAUCGUUCAAAAUGGAUCUGAUCCUCGACAUCAAUUCUUGGCUGUAUCCCAUGGAACUAGGUGACAAAUUCCGUUUAGUACUUGCCACCACACUGCGAGAGGACGGCUAUCCAGACGGUGGAGACUGGAACCCCCAGGGACUGGAAACGGAAGGCUCGAGAGCGGACAGUUUCGAGUAUGUUAUGUCCGGGAAAGUGUACAGAAUUGAGGGGGACGAAGUGGCGAUGGAAUCGAGCAGUAGGUUGGCUGCAUAUGUAUCUUUUGGUGGGCUAUUAAUGCGACUUCAAGGGGACGCCAAUAAUUUACACAGUUUUGAGGUCGAUCAGCACAUGUAUUUACUUAUGAAAAAGAUUUUUAUGUAAUGUACACUGUUAUUGAAGGUUAUGAUCAUUAUAUUAAGAGUGGUUGUUGAUAUUAUGUAUCAAAUUUGGACUAAUUGUGUGAAUGGCAUAAAUACUAUAAUUUUAUAAUAAACUAUUAAAUAUU